AAAAAAAAAAGGAUAUUGCAUAUAGAAAAGCUAACUAAAAAUGUAUGUUGUUUAAAAAAAAAGCCUAUCUAUUUUUAGUAACUCUCUUCUAUGUUAAAUGCUCUAUUCUACUACUAUUACAAAAGGCAAUAAAUUCUUCUACGAUAACAGAAUUACCUACUCUAAUGGAAAUUGCCUCAUAUAGAUAGGCUUUUCAGAAAAUAAAUUUCGUAAUUCGCGUUUAAAAGCCUAUCAAUUCACAAGAUUUCACAUGAGCUUACCGUACUAUAUCUUUUAUGGUAAUACUUUAUAGGGCGAAUUUGGUAUACUCAUAUUGAUGUCAUCUCAAAAAAUAUAUGACCGAUCACAAUUGAAAUAAUUCUAUCUAUACAAAAAUGAAUGCUUUAAAAAUUUUAAAAGACCAGCAUGUUUUGAUUAGACUCUGUAGGUUCGGAGUUUCACGCGUUUCUGUCAGAAUCGCUCCAUUAGCCAUGCCUACAUUGACGCGAGUUGUAAAAUUUGGAGUAAAACCCUUGUCGACCUAUUGUGCUAGAAAAAAUUAUUCAGCCUGUCUAACUUACAACCGAACAAGAAAAGAUUCAUCGCGUCGUUAUUAUACUACAAAAUCAUAUCCUCCCCAUUCUGUGGUUUCAAUGCCUGCAUUGUCUCCAACAAUGUCGAUGGGCAAUGUUGGCACUUGGCAAAAGAAGAUUGGCGAUGCGGUAUCACCUGGGGAUGUUUUAGUAGAAAUUGAAACUGACAAAGCUCAAAUGGAUUUUGAAUGUCAAGAAGAAGGUUAUCUGGCUAAAAUAUUUGUUGAAGCUGGAACAAAGGACAUCAAAGUUGGGACGCCAAUUGCUAUUUUAAUUGAGGAUAAAGAAGGAAUCGAUCAAUUUGCUGAUUAUGUUGUCGAAAAAAGUGAAACGACUGAGACGAAGAAGGUUGAGCCUGUUGAGCAAAAAGAAGAAGCUUCACCUCGGCAAACGGAGUCUAGAACAGCAACAACUGAUCAGCCAACUAAUGUGCGAAUUUUUGCUAGUCCAGUAGCACGUAGAUUAGCACAUGAACGUGGAAUUUCUCUUGAUCAAGUUACUGGUACAGGACCGAAAGGUCGUAUAACAAAAGCUGAUGUUGAAAGUUUCGAUAAACCCACAAAGCCCGAAAAACCAGUAACUCCAAUUAUCGAACCUACGUCAGCUUAUACUGACAUUCCUAUAAAUAACAUGCGUAAAGUUAUCGCUGAACGAUUAACGGACUCCAAAGUAUUAGUUCCACAUUAUUAUUUAACUAUUGAAGUUAACAUGGAUAAGGUCUUGCAACUUCGUGAAACUCUUAAUAAUGCGAGCGACGGAAAAUAUAAGUUGUCUGUGAACGAUUUUAUUAUCAAAUCAUCUGCUUCCGCACUUAUGGCUAUACCAGAAGUGAAUAGCGCGUGGAAUAACGAUUUCAUUCGACAAUACCAUAAUGCUGACAUUUCUAUUGCUACUGCUACUUCUUCUGGUUUAAUUACACCGAUCAUAACAAAUGCACAAUCUAAGGGGUUGGGGGCCAUUUCAAAUCAGGUUAAGGAGUUAGCUGGUCGUGCCAGAGAAGGAAAAUUGGCACCACAGGAAUAUCAAGGAGGAAGCUUUACCAUUUCAAAUUUAGGAAUGUUUGGAAUUAAAUCUUUCACAGCCAUUAUUAAUCCACCACAAUCAUGUAUUCUUGCUGUAGGAACUACUGAGCAAAAACUUGUUCCUGACCCCGACACUGAGACAGGUCAUAGAAUUGUUAAUACCAUGCACGUGACACUUUCAUGUGAUCACAGGGUUGUUGAUGGGGCAGUUGGUUCUCAAUGGCUUAAAGAGUGGAGGUCUUAUAUUGAAAAUCCUCUUAAGUUACUUUUGUAAAAUUAUUUAUAAAAUUAUUUAUAACAUGCUAAAUAUAAAUCAUGAUCAUGUGACAUGGCUCAUAUAAUAUCACCAUCACGUGAAUAGAUAUUUCUUACAAAAAAAUUUUUUACGGAUGAAAGCAGUGUUGUCGUUUCAUUUUCAUAUCCAUUUUUAUACACCUACUUUUUUUUAAUUAUUAAAACGAAUUUAAAUUACAAAGUUAUAAAAAUGACCGAUAAUGAUAAUGUGACUCCGGUUGAAGAAGUAAAUCAUGAAAUUACAGAUUUUGAAGAAACAGAAAAUGAAAACAACAGUUCCGCGUUCCCUUU